UAAAGUCAAGAACAUGUGACUCUGUGUAUUGUAGAUAAUUUUAAACUUGGCACUCAUUCAGUGUCACCAUGGAAUGUUUACACAUGUCAAAUAUACUCAGUGCGCCAAGAGCGUUGAUGAUAUAACAGACCUGAGAAAGGUGUUCAACAAGGAAUUUCAAGAUGGCUAUAACGGAUGCCCCUGUGAUUAAGAGUUCUAUAGUGAAAGAGGUCCCGGCAGGGGGCACGGCUGUGCUGACAUGCAACAGUAAUGAUUUCAACCACAAUUUUAUGUUUUGGCUGUUUGGCAAAGACAAGGUGAUUGGCCCUGACAAUCAUUAUGACGAAAGAAAGUACAAAUAUGAAGUGCUGUCAGGAAAGCUUCACAUUGAUAAUGUUACACCAGCCGAAUCUGGGUACUACAAAUGCAUCUCAAAAAAGCUUGACGGCACAGGGAUUGCGGUCGGGCAGGUUGAGAUGAUAGUCUCCGGUUCCACAUUCAACACCAUAGACGCUGUGAAGCUGGUGGCUAUCGUCGUGUCCAUCAUCGUGUUGAUCAGCUGUGCCGUGUUGUACUGGAGACUGAGGAAGGACUGGAACAAAUAUGAUGGCCAUGCUAUUGUGCCAGUUGAUGACAUGGAAGAAGAUGAUGGCGAUGAAGUAUAUAACCCCACCACAGUGACUUCUAAAAGCCAACCAGUGGCCGGGCCGAGUCGGGCACCGAGUAGGAACCCAUCAUCGGAGCAUCUCCUCUAUGGCAUAGACAAUCAGGGCUUGGAUACAGACUUCAACUCUGUCUUUGAGAAUAUUCAAAUAAAAUCACCACAUGCCAGUUUAAUAUAAUUUACUCAACUAAACUAUAAUUUUGUAUUUCUUAACAAUUACAAAAUAACAGUAAGUUGGCAUGACAUUCUUAUUGCUGUUUACUAAUGUAGAUUGUUGAUCAUUUCUGUUUCAUGUUGAUUGGCAAACGUUAAUACUAUUAAUUUAUUACUGUAAAUUGUGAUAGUUAGGUAAGAAUAAUUAAAUUAUAUCAGCAACUUGUAA